AUGGGUGGAAAAAUCAAAGACUUCGAUGAAAUUACGUCUUUUCUGGGCGACUACGGCCCUUUUCAAAUCCUAAUAAUCGUUCUGUUCAGUUUAAGUGCAAUUCCAUGUGGCUACAUGGGAGUACUCGCGGUUUUUGUUUCGGAUACACCUGAGCACCACUGCAAAGUAUCGACCGGCUCCACGCGCAACGGCACAGAUGUGGAGCUUCCCUUCCGCGAGCGGAGCAGCUGGAUUGGACCUGACAGCUGUUCACGAUACAAAGUGAAUGGAAACUGGUCGGAGACAGUGUUACUCAGUAAUGAGACAGAGCAAUGUCUGGAUGGCUGGGUCUACAGCACUGAGAGAUACACCGCGACCAUUGUGUCUGAGUGGGAUCUGGUGUGUGACAAUGCAUGGAAGGUCCCCUUCUCCACUUCCUCAUUCUUUGUGGGAGUCCUGAUUGGAUCCUUUAUCAGUGGUCACCUCUCAGACAGGUUUGGCAGAAAACCGGUGUUUUUUUUUACCAUGGUCUUGCAAACAGUUGCAACCUUGAUCCAGGCCACCUCCGUCAGUUGGGUCAUGUUCAGUAUCCUUAACUGUUUGAGAGGACUAGGCCAGAUAUCCAAUUACAUCGUGUCACUCGUGCUGGGGUCUGAGAUGCUGAGCCAGUCUGCCAGGGUGAGCUACACUUUUCUGGGCCACAGUCUAGGUUUUGGCAUCGGUUAUGCCUUGUUGCCGCUCUUUGCCUACUUCAUACGAGGCUGGAGGAUGUUGCUGGUUGCCACUGCCAUCCCCGGCUUCCUAUUUAUUCCGACAUGGUGGCUGAUUCCUGAGUCUCCACGUUGGCUUUUGCAGAAAGGUCGGGUGGAGGAGGCUGAGCUUGUCAUACGCAAUGCUGCGAAAAGGAACAGAGUACCCGUCCCUGAGGUCAUAUUCAGGGCUGGAGAGUGCUUGGAGCUCAUGCAAAAUAAAGGUGAAGAAGAGCAGACAUACACUUACAUGGACCUGAUACGCACCCCUAACAUGAGGAACAUUACAAUGCUAGGUGUUUUCAUAUGGAUGUCUGUCGCCAUGGUCUUCUAUGGUCUCUCUCUCAAUACUAGCAACCUGAAUGGAAAUGUCUACCUCAACUGCUUCAUUUCUGCGGCCAUUGACAUUGUGGUGUACGUAGCCUCUUGGCUGCUGGUCAACCGGGUCCCAAGACCCACUCUCCUCUUCUCCACACUCAUGUUCUGUGGCAUCAUGCUUCUGAUCAUCAGGCUGCUUCCUGAGGAAAUGCAUGUCAUGCUGCAGGUCUUAGCCUUGGUGGGAAGGAUGGGUGUGUCUAGUGCUUACUGCCUCAUCUACGUGUUCUUCACCGAGCUGAUCCCCACUGUGGUCAGGAACAUGGGAUUAGGGAUCACCUCCACAGCUGCACGAAUAGGCACCAUCAUUUGUCCCUAUGUGAUUUACAUAGGUGUUUACAGCAAGAUGCUCCCAUACAUUGUUUUUGGCACAAUCAGCAUCAUAGCUGCUGUUGUUAGCAUGUUGCUUCCAGACACCAGAAACAGCAAACUUCCCAACCUUAUCAGCCAGGCCAAACCUAUCAGAGGCUCCUGCUGCUGUCCAACGGAAAGGGCUACAAUCAAGGCAGAUACAACUGAAGGCUGUAAAGAAAUGAGCUAGAGCUCCCCCUGCUGAAAGAAAAUACACAGCAAGAGUUGAGUGAUCACAGACAAAAGCCUUUACAACUAAUACAGUGUUUCUGUGGGUUUUGAUGUGUGGGUGAGACAUUAAUGUUGUUCGGGCUUUUCAAACAGUACAGAAUAAGCUAUAUCAUUUAUGUUGUUUUUUGUUGCCUUUACAUGGCUGGUUUUAUACAUAAAGAGGUGGCUGGGUUACAUUUCUUCCAACUACUUCAGUCUUUUGAUCAAAAAUCAGACUUGUUAUUAGACUUACUGUUGUUUUGUAUGUAUCUGGUCCUGUUGAUUUGUUCUUUGUUGGCAGGAUUUUUGAAGAAAUCUUUUUUAAUUUGCAUUUUUUUCAAUAAUUUCACUAUUUUUUUUUUUUUUUUGUCAUGCUUUUGUUGCUUUUUUCGUGCACUGUUGCACUUACUUGAAUGAAAGUAAAGUAAUGCCACACAUGACAAGCGCAGAACAAGAAAAGUUCAAUUUGACAUUUCUGCCCGUUGAAUAUGCACAUAACAACUAUAUGGUAAUGAUGGCUUAGAUUGACAUUUAAAGUUGGUUAAAUAAUGGGAAGUUUCAGGAUUGUAGACUCAUAUUUUUUGCUGUAAGAUAUGGUCUUGUAAUUUGAAAUUUAAAAAUGUUAUUUUAAUGACUUUUUUACUCA